AAACAAUCCCAGCAGGCGUGGAUAUAUCAAUACAUCUGCUCCAGAACGAUCAAGUUCGCACGAUAUAAACACUAACAGCCCGAAUAUCAGUCGAAGGCAGAGCAAUGGACGUUAAUAAUGACCAGGCACCUGUCGGAUUGAGCAUCUCUCCGAAGACUUACGAAUACGCGCUGCACGAAAACCCUCACCUGGCCCUGGCCCCACCAUCGGAGAAUGGCGAAACAUUUCUUACGCGCGGUCGUUUCAGCUAUUUUCAUUACGGCUGCGACGGGCACCAGGAUGCGGGCUGGGGCUGCGGCUAUCGCACCUUGCAGACGGCCAUCUCGUGGAUUAUAAAUAAACGCAGCGAUGCGGAUCAGCAUGUGCCCUCGAUACGGGAGAUUCAGAAUAUAUUGAUUAGUCUGGCAGACAAGCCCGCCAGCUUCGAGGGCUCACGCGGCUGGAUUGGCACCCUGGAGGAGUUCUACGUGAUCGAUGUGCUCUUUAAGUUGCCCUGCAAGAUCCUACACACGAAGGAACUGUGCUCCCAGGAAGUGCUCGGCCAGAUCCGCAGCUACUUUGUGGAAUACCAGGGCUUCAUACCGAUGGGCGGCAUAAGUGAUACGGCCUCCAAGGGCAUAGCCGGGUGGCACCGGACCCAGACGGGGGAGGUCUAUCUGCUGAUUGUGGAUCCCCAUUGCUCGGACGUGCCCAGCUACAAGCAGCUACUAAUUGAACAGGGUUUUGUCCGUUGGAUACACAUCAGCGAGUUCCAGACGAGCACGUACAAUCUGUGCCUCAUUCUGCAGCAGUAGGCUCAGAAAAG